UCUCUCCUGCUCUGCCCGCCAGGCCCCGAGGGUGGCUGCCCUCUGCCCGGCUUCCCAGCUCCCCGGGUACCCUUUCCGAGGCCCUGCUCCUUCUGUCCCCGGGGAAGAUCAGAUAUGCCGGAGAGCCCACGGCUGCCCAACCACUGGGACAAAACAAAUGACCGGAGGGUGGGGCUCCACAGAGCCCAGGUCACCAGGGAACUCCUGGAGAGGCCCAGAGAAAACAACCCCCUGUGGCUACCACCAACUGAGGACCUACUACGUGCCGGCAAUACAGGUCUUGAAAAUCAGGAUCACCCGGUUCUGCCCCAGGUCGGUACCAAGAGCCCCAGGAGAUGGAAGUCUUCCUGCUACAGAGAGAGGACGGGUGCACAACGGUCGUGGUGGAGGACCAGUGACGUCCAUGAAGGGCCUGCGUGGGUGGGAGCUGGCGGGCAACCAGUUUGACCAGAGCAGCAGCACACAUAACACUGGAACCAAGGAAGUUGUGGCUAUUGAAGAGAUUACUGGCACUAAGGAGAAGCUGAGUACCAUUCACAGAGACAGAUGCCUUCAAGGCAUCUCGGGAAUCAGCAAGACCCCACCCAACCAGGUUCAAGGACGUAAAGGUGAAAACUCCUUUAAGAGACCAUGGGAGUGCCCAGCUUGCACAGGGAUGCCUAGAAAGCCCAGUCACCAGGAUUCACUUCACCACGUUCAGCCAGCCACUCAGAGGCCACCGCGUCCAUGGUCCAGGGGGCCUUGGCUACUGUUUGAGCUGGCAGAUGACCUUGGCCUCAACCAUGCGGAGCUGGUUCUGCAGCGAUCCAGGACACUGGAGUUCAGGAGCACGGAGGCGUCCACCGAGAUUCCAAAGGGAGGUCUGGGCCACCAGGCCUCGUGUCGCGGAGUCGGAGUCCCUGUAGAAGCUCCUGAGAGUGAUCUGUGAAACUGUGAGAGAGAAGCCAACGCUGGUAGGGAGACCCCAGGAAUUAAGAGAUGCCAGGAAUGUGGAGCAUCUACAGGAAGCCAGCAGAGCCAUCCUGAGAGAGAGGCCAUGCAGGGUGCAACUGGUGAGGACAUAGGGGCUGAGCUGCCAGAGCCCUUUGGAGAGCACGUCUUGCCACCAUAUGCCCUGGAUGCUGGACAUGGAGCCACAGGACCUCGUGUUUGCCUGACUGGACUUUGGUCCCAUCCCUUCUUUCUAUGACCCCAUUCCUCCCUUUUGGAAUGGUCAUGUUUAGUCUGUGUCAUUGUAUAUUGGAUGUAUGUAACUUCCUUUCAGUUUUUACAGGGACUCACUAUCAGGAGUUUGUCUUGAGUUUUGGAGGAGACUUUGCACUUGGACUUUUGGGCAAUGCUGGAAUGGUUAAGGCUAUGGAGAUUCUUGGAGACGCGCUCAAAGUGAGAUAGGCAUGAGCUAUUGGGGGCCAGGGGUGGAAUGUUCUGGUUUGGAUCUUUAAUGUUAUCCAGGAAUGCUCAGAGGUGGGAUGAUUAUGAGAGCUGGAACCUCAUCAGUGCGUUAAUCCAUUGGAUGGACUAAUUUGAAUGCUCUACGGGGUGGAAACUCGAGGCAGGUGGGGCAUGCCUUUAUACCGGCCCUGAUUCCUGUACUCUCUCUCUGCUUUCUGGCUACCAUGAGUUGAACAGCUUUUCUGCACCAUGUUCUGCCUCACCUCAGGCCUAGAGCAUGGAGUUGGCCAAACAUGAACGAACCUCCAAAUUUGUAAGCCCAACAUAAACCUUUCCUCCUCUAAGUUGUUCUUGUCAGGCAUUUUGAUCCUAGGGACAAAACAUUGACCAACACCAGCCCCAUACUAGACUUUUUGAAGUCGAGAAGGUCCAAAUUUGAGUGCUGGUUCUGCCACACUAAGGACUUCAUUUAAGCUUCAAUUUCCUCUUUGUGCAUGUGUGUGUGUGUGAGAAAGUGGGUUCCACUGUUUCCCAGGCUGGCCUCGAACUCAUGAUCUUACAUGUUCGGUCUCCCACAGUGCUGAUAUUACAGGCAUGUGCCACCACACCUGGUUUGGUUUUCUCUUUAAUAAAGUUGGGAUAAACCAGUGGCUCGGCAGGCUGAGGCAGGAGGAUUGCAAGCUCAAAGCCAGCCUCAGCAACUCAGGGAGGCCCUAAGCAAUUUAGCAAGAUC